GUAAAUCUCAAAAAAACCCACCCACCCACCCACCCACUAGUACUAAUGAGCGAAGCACUACACAGAAAUUACCAGGUAAGCGAAGAGAUCGGACGGGGACGAUUCGGCGUCGUUUUCCGCUGCCUCUUGCCUGUUAACGGCGUCUACUACGCCGUCAAGUCGAUCGAGAAGAGUCUAGUCUCGGCCGACUCACUCGACGCCCAAUGCUUGUUCACGGAGCCCAAGAUCCUUCACCUCUUGUCUUCGCAUCCAAACAUCAUUAACCUCCACGACCUCUACGAGGACGAAACGCACCUUCACAUGGUUAUUGAUCUUUGUUCUUCGUCCGAUCUUCACCACCGAGUCGUGACUCGCCGAGUUAUUCCUGAGCCCGAGUCGGCUUCCAUUAUGUGUCAGCUUGUUCAGGCUCUGGCCCACUGUCACAGUCUCGGCGUGGCCCAUCGUGAUAUAAAACCCGAUAACAUACUAUUCGACGAUCGGAACCGACUUAAACUCGCGGAUUUCGGAUCCGCCGAGUUUUUCAAGGAGGGGCAGCUGAUGAGCGGUGUGGUCGGUACGCCGUAUUACGUGGCGCCUGAGGUUUUGGCCGGGAGGGAUUACUGUGAGAAAGUCGAUGUGUGGAGUGCUGGUGUCGUUUUGUACAUAAUGCUCGCUGGGUUUCCGCCGUUUUAUGGGGACUCGGCGGUGGAGAUAUUCGACGCUGUGCUCAGGGCUAAUCUGAGAUUUCCGGCUAGGGUUUUCGGGUCGGUUUCCUCUGCGGCUAAGGAUUUGCUCCGACGGAUGCUCUGUAAGGAUGUUUCUAGAAGAUUCUCGACCGAACAAGUUCUGAGACACCCAUGGAUAACAAGUGGAGGAGGUGCGAGAACAGUGGCUGAUCUAACUUGAUGGUGCAGUGAAGAAGAAGAAGAAGAAGAAAUUAAUAUGAACGAAGCAUAAUUAGAGAUAUGUAAUACAAAGUUUUGUAAAAAAGUGUGCUCUACACCAAGAAGUACUAGUACAAAGCGGUGAAAACACUAGUGUACAUGUGAUCGAAGCUCUUGUAGAUAUUUUUUUCUUUAUUUUAAAUUUUAAUGUAUGCGCGAGGAAGAUAUAUAGGCAAAAACAGAGUGAGAGUGAGAGUGAGAGUGAGAGUGACAGCUUUAUGCUAUGGAAUGCAAGAGUCUCUCUGGAGUGUUUUUUUUUUUUAAAAAAUUUGCUCCAUCCCCUUUUCUUGUGAAGAUAGAAGGGGAUUAUUAUGUUCGAUUAUGUUAAUAUAAUAUGAAUAUGUGAUGAAAGUUUCGGAGUUUCUUAUGAA